AUGUUUUCACGAAGCGAUCGGGAAGUUGACGACUUGACUGGUAAUAUGAGCCAUUUGGGUUUUCAUGAUCUGAAUAUCCCUAAACCUACUUCUCCAAAGGUGCAAUAUAUGCCUGCUAGAAAGAGCGAAAAUGGAAGACUACCUCCUGAACCUUCAAGACCAUAUAAGCCGUGUGAUUCGAAUGACCAAAAUACCUCCAAGACGCGCAUUUCUUUGAAUCACUCACCGAAGAAACUACCCAAGGACUUUCAUGAACGUGCUUCCCAAAACAAGACCCAGAGAGUCGUUAACGUAUGCCAACUUUACUUCCUCGACUAUUACUGUGACAUGUUUGAUUACGUGAUCAGUAGAAGACAACGUACGAAGCAGGUGCUGAGAUAUCUCGAGCAGGAGAGAAGUGUCAAAAAUGUUUCUAAUAAGGUUUUGAAUGAAGAAUGGGGUUUGUAUUUGCAAAGAGAACACGAAGUACUAAGAAAAAGGAGGUUGAAACCUAAACACAAAGAUUUCCAGAUAUUGACACAAGUCGGACAAGGUGGGUAUGGACAAGUUUAUCUCGCAAAGAAGAAGGAUAGCGAUGAAAUUUGUGCUUUAAAAAUAUUGAACAAGAAACUUUUAUUCAAACUGAACGAGACGAAUCACGUCCUUACUGAAAGAGAUAUACUAACAACAACUAGGUCAGACUGGCUUGUGAAGCUGCUUUAUGCAUUUCAAGAUUCAGAGAGCCUAUAUUUAGCAAUGGAAUUUGUACCUGGCGGUGAUUUUCGUACGUUGUUAAUCAAUACAAGGAUAUUGAAGAGCGGUCACGCUAGGUUCUAUAUUAGCGAAAUGUUUUGUGCCGUGAACUCAUUGCAUGAGCUUGGUUACACUCACCGAGAUCUAAAACCAGAGAAUUUCUUGGUCGAUGCUAAAGGGCAUAUUAAGCUGACGGAUUUUGGCCUAGCAGCAGGAACCGUAUCAAAUGAAAGAAUUGAAAGCAUGAAGAUGCGCUUAGAAGAAGUAAAGAAUUUAGAAUUUCCUGCUUUCACAGAAAGGUCUAUUGAGGAUAGAAGGAAAAUAUACCACAAGAUGAAGAAGACAGAAAUUAAUUACGCUAACUCCAUGGUUGGUUCGCCUGAUUAUAUGGCGUUAGAAGUUCUUGAAGGCAAGAAAUACGAUUUUACAGUGGAUUAUUGGUCAUUAGGUUGUAUGCUUUUCGAAAGUUUGGUUGGAUAUACACCUUUUAGUGGUUCUUCUAUAAAUGAAACUUACGAAAAUUUAAGAUAUUGGAAAAAAACUUUAAGAAGGCCCCGUACUGAGGAUGGGAGGGCAGCGUUCUCGGACAGAACCUGGGAUUUAAUCAUAAGGCUGAUAGCUGACCCCAUUAACAGAGUACGAUCUUUCGAACAGGUUUGCAAAAUGCCCUAUUUCGCCGAAAUCAACUUUGAAACCUUGAGAACAAAUUCGCCGCCAUUCAUUCCCCAAUUAGAUGAUGAAACAGAUGCAGGCUAUUUCGAUGAUUUUACAAAUGAAGAAGACAUGGCGAAAUAUGCGGACGUCUUCAAAAGACAGAAUAAACUGUCUGCAAUGGUUGAUGAUUCUGCAGUAGAUUCUAAACUUGUUGGGUUUACUUUUAGACAUAGAGAUGGCAAACAAGGUUCGAGCGGGAUACUCUACAAUGGUUCAGAACAUUCUGACCCCUUUUCAACUUUUUAUUAA